AUGACGAAGACCAGGAGGAAGAAGACUUUGGUAAUCUGCGUGAGGAUUACAGCUCACCGUAAUGCUGCAGCAGCACGCUUAAACACCUUGCGGCCGAGGGGCCGCGACGAUGCUCAAGAACCUCGCAGUCCAUUGCUGCCCACGAAAGCACAAGAAGCACAGCAAGCGCGUGCAGAGCCUCGCCCGCAGCAGGAGCGCUCCCCUCGAGCGGCCCUAGCGACGCCGCUAAGCGGUGGCUGUAUGCAUCCGAUCGAGGAGGAGCAGCCGAAGAGGCGCUCGUCAAAGGAGAAGAAACACCGUCGGAGUCGGGCUGGUCGCGGCGAGGAUUUUUGCAUCCCAGGCUGCAGUCGAUCCGAGGAGGUAGAGCCUCCUUCCAUUGAAGAUCUAGAAGAGGGAGCACCUCCGGUCGAACGUAGCCCGGGGCCCUUGCAGACUCCGGGAUUCCAAGGUUGCGGUCGGAGGUCUGGUGAUUGUGGGCUUCCGCUCCCCAGUGCAGGUUUUCUGACUUCAGGGUUGGAGCCGUGGGCCUUGGGCACAAGGUGUGGCACUCUGUGGAUAAAGGAGGCUCUGGCCAAGGGUGCGCGACACCGCAAUCACCUUCCUUCUGCCCCUGGCGCUUGA